CGCCGUCCCCUGCGCCACUCGGGGCCCCCUAGGGCCGGCGGGGGCCUCAGCAUGUCCUGUGGCGGUGACGGCCCCAGCAGCCUCUUCCCCCUGCACGCCCUGGUCUGGAACAAUGACUACCGGCAGCUGGAGAAGGAGCUGAACAGCCAGAAUGUGGAGGCCCUGGAUCCCCGAGGCCGGACCUUACUGCACCUCGCUGUUUCCUUGGGACACUUGGAGUCUGCUAGAGUCUUGCUCCGACAUAAAGCAGAUGUCACGAAAGAAAAUCGCCAGGGAUGGACAGUUUUGCAUGAGGCGGUGAGUACCGGAGACCCGGAGAUGGUGUACACCAUUCUUCAGCAUCGCGAUUACCACAACACGUCGAUGGCCCUGGAAGGCGUUCCUGAACUGCUCCAGAAGAUCCUCGAGGCACCUGAUUUUUACGUGCAGAUGAAAUGGGAAUUCACUAGUUGGGUGCCAUUGGUUUCUAGGAUAUGUCCCAAUGACGUUUGUCGCAUUUGGAAAAGUGGGGCCAAACUACGUGUUGACAUCACGUUAUUGGGCUUUGAAAACAUGAGCUGGAUAAGAGGAAGACGUAGCUUCAUUUUUAAGGGAGAGGAUAGCUGGGCGGAGCUGAUGGAAGUUAACCACGAUGACAAAGUCGUCACGACCGAACAUUUUGAUCUCUCUCAAGAAAUGGAACGCCUCACGUUGGAUUCCAUGAAACCCAAAGGGAGGGAGGUGGAGAGGCGCCUCACGUCUCCCGUCAUCAAUACCAGCCUGGAGACUAGAAACAUCGCUUUUGAAAGAACUAAAUCCGGAUUCUGGGGCUGGAGGACAGAUAAAGCAGAAGUUGUUAAUGGUUACGAAGCAAAGGUUUACACAGUAAACAAUGUAAGUGUGAUAACCAAAAUACGAACAGAACAUUUGACAGAGGAAGAAAAAAAGAGAUAUAAAGCUGAUAGGAAUCCCUUGGAAUCCUUGCUGGGGACUGUGGAACACCAGUUUGGUGCUCAGGGGGACCUCACAACUGAGUGUGCGACAGCAAAUAACCCGACGGCCAUCACGCCCGAGGAGUAUUUCAAUGAAGAGUUUGAUCUCAAGGACCGAGACAUAGGACGACCAAAGGAGCUUACCAUCAGAACCCAAAAGUUUAAAGCCAUGCUUUGGAUGUGUGAAGAGUUCCCUUUGUCCCUGGUGGAGCAGGUCAUUCCCAUCAUUGACCUCAUGGCCAGAACCAGCGCCCAUUUUGCUAGACUGAGAGAUUUCAUCACUCUAGAGUUCCCGCCCGGAUUUCCUGUCAAAAUUGAAAUUCCAUUGUUUCACGUCUUGAACGCACGGAUUACAUUUGGAAAUGUCAAUGGCUGCAGUACAGCUGAAGAGCCCAUUGCCCAGAGUGUGGACGGGGGGCACGCCGACCCAGCUUCCCUGGUCUCUAACUUUGAGGUUGAUCAGUCUGUGUUUGAAAUCCCCGAGUCUUACCACGUCCAGGAUAAUGGCAGAAACAUGCACUUGCAAGACGAAGAUUAUGAAAUCAUGCAGUUUGCCAUUCAGCAGAGCUUGCUGGAAUCCAGCAGGAGUCAGGAUGUUCCGGGGCUGCCUUCGAAUGGGGGACUCAGCAGUCCACACCUCUAUGACUCACAGUAUGAAAGGGCUAUUCAGGAGAGUCUGCUCACUAGCUCCAAUGGUCUCCGGCCCAGUGCUGUGGAGGAGGCCAGGAAUUUUGACAGUGAUUUGCAGCUUGCCAUGGAAUUAUCCGCCAAAGAGCUGGAGGAGCGGGAGCUGCGGCUCCAGGAGGAGGAGGCCGAGCUGCAGCAGGUCUUACGGCUGUCUCUCACCGAGAAGUAGAUCCCCCCCACCCCCUCCAGCAGCAGGGGCCCGCACCUGGGCCUGGCUUCCCGCAUCCUUGCUGGUGGGCUCCAAGGUGCAGCUUCCAGUGGGCCGUUUUCUGAGGAGGGAGGGUGUGCAGAGCUGCUGCACAGCCAGGCUGGGGCAUCUCCAGACUCGCACCCUCAGUCCCCGUAGGCCGGCGCUGGCUCAUGGGUCACCUCCGCUAAAACUGAACCUAACCAAAAACUCUGCCAAGGUUUGUAGGCUCCCGUUUAUCAAGGAAUGAUGGGAAAAUACCACAACCAAGGUGCUUUUAUAUGUGUGUGUGCACACUUGUACGUUACACGCACAUGCACACGCACACGCACACGUUUGACAUCGACGUGAGAGCAGAAUGUGGUUUGUGGGGCUCACCAAAGAAAUGGGUCUGUGCAGAUCUCCCACCUGGAAGUGGGAUUUCUGGUCUCAUGGACGCUUGCUCUGCCCACGUUCCCGGUUGAUGUUCAGAAGGAGAAAUGUAUGGCAUCUCUGAGACUGUGAUGAACUCUGCAUUGGGUUUGGAUCCGUGUCUGACCACAAUGGUCUGCCAGUCUGCUGUGGAGAGGGGGCAGCUGAGCCUGAGAAGGCGAUUCCCAUCUGAGUGGUACCUCCUCCGGCCCCCCGGGGGUCACCAUUCGGUCAGCAUGUCCCCUAACCCUCAGCCCCCAAGGGGGUACCCCUAGGAAUCUUUAGCUUUGGCAGUUCACCUAUUGCAUAGGGAGGAUUAGGGCAGCCUGAAACCAAAAUAAGAAAGCUUCCGUGGAACAUGCUGUGUCUAGGGAAGGAAACAUACACCAAAGUACAUCGAGAAGUCCCAGCUGGGCCGUGUUGUCAAGGGAGAAGAAUGGGAUUAUAACUAAAAGGUCAGCUUAGUGUUGAUUGAGGGCUCUCGAGCAGCCCAAGGGGAAAGUUCUAAUUGCUUUUUACAGUUCAAAUCCACAUCUUUCUGGAUAUAUAUUUUUUUAACCGACUCUUUUUAUUACUUUUGAAAAAAAGAAAGAAAAGUCUACUCCCACCAGUAGCAAUACAAGCAUCUAUUUUAACCAGGUUUUCUCAGGCCUUUUUUAAUACCUUUAGCAAUUUAACUAUUUUGUCUAACCCUUCUGUAAAUACCCACCUCACCACAUAUAGAGCACUGUUGAAUACAAACAACUACACUUUGCACCACAGGUCAUGUGUUUGUUCCUGUAGGGAUUCCUCUCAGCAUUGAAAGACCUUGAUGGGCGGCCCUCGAGCAGACUCGGCUGCCGUUCUGUGGAGGGGCCCGGGAGAUGGAGGGGAGAUGGGUGUUGGGUAUCAUUUCAGCAUCCCCCUUUUAGGGUUGCUGGUAAAAUGUUUCUAGUCGUGUAGGACAGUUUUUUAAUGCCUUAUAAUCACCUACCUUUUUGUGUAAUUGUCUGAUUAAAAUUCCUUCUAUGCACAACAAGGCCAGUAGAGUCUGCAUUGCAUUUAUCUCAAACUAUGCAGCUUAUGAGCGUUUUGUAAACCUGACUUUGAACUUGAAUGGAGUAGCUCGUUGGGAACUGCUGGCGAGUGGAUGAAGGCAUUGAUUCGCUGAUGUGAAUCCCGUCAGCCCAGUGAAGAGGGACAGCUCAGCCUUACGUCAUUCACAGACGGGUGUAGUGCGCAUAAAAUGCCGCUGCUUUGGAGGGCGGUCAUCUCUCGGUAUUUCAGUUACGCUCUCACGGCUGGGUUUUUUUUUUUUUCUUGGCUCAAAAUUGGAGAAUAGUCCUCUGUGUACCCUGUUGUGUAGAAGAAAUGCAGAGAGGUUUUGGAUGGGGUAAUGGAACUUAUUUCUGUCCUUGAAGGUGCUUUGAUUUCUUAUGUGGAAAUCCUUCCCUCUUUCUUCUUUCCUUCCUUCCUUCCUUCCCUUUUUCUUCCCUCCUUUUCUUCUCUUUGCUUCUUUCCUCCCUCCUCCUCUUCCUCCCACUGAUGCUGUGGUCAAACAUCAUUUAAGAGGUGUUGUGGACUAAGAGUUGAGCCCUCUCUGGUACACUCAGAGACCACCCUAUGGUGUCCCUGAGCCUGUACUGCAAGCGUUUCUGGCCCAGUGUAGGGUCUGCCAGAGCUGAACUGGCCCUCCAGUAACAGCCAUUUCUGUAUCACAACAAGGCAUCAGAGGACUGUAUGGUGCAGUGUUACAACCUUGAUUAAAUUCUUACUCAAACCCAAGGUCUCCUCCCAGCCUUCUCAAGGCUUCUGGAAUAGAAUUGGUGCACCACUCUAGAAAGGGAGGAAGCUUCCAGAGGUGUCUCCUGGCUCUACAUAAAAGGAGAGUGGAGGUCAGGAUCACGGCUCGUUUUACAUCUUUCUUCUAGGCUGGGAAAGGAGAACCAGUUUCAAACAUUUCUUUAAUGGGAUUUAAUGUACUGUCUCUUUAGGCCAUACUUCAGGGGAUCUGUAUUCUCGGCAUGAAUUUUCUUUCUGCCAUUGCAAAACAGAACCUAUUAACACCCUCAUAUGGCAUUUGUCCACAUCCAGUCUUUUCAUAGCGCAGAGAUCUGUCAACUUAUUUUUUAAAAAAUAUUUUGAUGAUGAUAUCUCAAUAUGAUUGGUUUCCUUUGUAAUCUUCUGUAUUUUAUUUUGUGCACUUAAAAACAUGAUUCUGAGAAGGGGUCCACAAGUUUCAUCAGGCUGCCAAUGGGGUCCAUAACACAAAAGCAGGUUCAGAACCUCUACCAUGGAAGAGCUAACCAAUGCAGAAAGCCUUCCUUGGGUUCUUUUCCUAUUUUGUGGACAUACUGUUACAACAUUCGAGCCAUCCAUCUCUUUUUUUUUUAAUUUUGGUUUUCUCUUUCAUUGUGAACCUAAGCAUUAUCAACCACAAACGUUUCAACAUACAAAGAACAAAAGGGGUUGUAUGUGAAACUAGUCGGCUUAUGUACAACUCAUUUGAAAAACUUUCUAUUAAAUUUAACACAGUAAGAAAAUU